CACCCUUCCUUCCUGCCUCCGCCUCCUGCCUCCGCCGCAUCAAUGCGGAGUGGCAGCUACGUCCACGAGCGGGCGGCCUCCUCCUCGAUGCGAGUCGAUGGCGGCUCGGCGCGCGUCGACGAGAACUACUCCUUCCUCAGCCGCGUCUACGAGUCGCUCGCGGGCUACGUUCGGAUUGGAUCCGUGCGGAACGCGGCUCGGCUACUGCUGCGAGAGAGGCACCGAGAGGAGGAGGAGGAGAAGGAGACGAGCUCGCGCGAUUCGAUGGCAUCAGUAGCGCUGCGAGCCCGCAGCAGGUCCACCGCUGGCGCCGAGGCUGAGCCCGAGGCGAUGGGAGGCGACGUCUUCUGGUGCUGCACGCCUCGCUUCGAGACGGCGUGCUUCGCACUUUGCGCACUCAACACCGCUCCGCUCGGCGGCUUUGUGCGCAGCGCGAUGGAGGCGUCGCUCAAGGAGAUCUCGUACUUCAUCACGGACACGGCCGCGUACAUCGUGAGCAAGAUGUGGGACGACAUGCUCGCCUCUGAGCUCUUCAAGAUCAACACGCUCUUCCUCUGCUCAGAGAAGUACGACCGGCCGUGCAACCAGCCGGCGCCGACGCACGUUCAGUUCGAGUUCUCCUUCACCCUCCUCGCCGCCUGCGCGCUGAUCAAGACCUGGAUCGAGACGCGGGCGAGCCGCAACAACCGCGGCACGCUCAUCGUCCCGACCAUGCUCGGCGUGCUCCGUCGGAUCGUCGCCCGGCAUGUCGAGCACACGCCCGUGACACGCCCCAUCUCUCCGCAGGCAUGCUCGUCGGCUGGCAUCUUCAGCUGCGCAAAGUCGGCCGUGGCGGUCCGGUUGGACGACGCGGACCUCGGCCUCGGCGUCCUCUUCCGUGCGCACGACAUCGCCGAUGCGCCCCGCACUUGCGCCCACCCGCCCGCGCCGGCGCUGCUCAUCCUCCUCCUCGAGCCGGCCGCCAUGCUGGAGAAGUUUGGCACCACCGGCUGCCGCCGCCGCGUCGGUGUCCAGUUUAGCUCCUUUGCUGCCGCGACCACCUCCAUGAUCGUGUGGAACGACGCUCUCGCCUACUCGGUCACCGCCGGCAUCGGCGAGGAGCAGCCCGAGGCCAAGCCGCGGCGCCCCUCUCUGCUUCACCUCCCUGCUUCACGCGCGCAGCGGCACGCCGCCGCUAAGCGCGAGUUUGCCGCCGCCGGCCGCAACUCGGCGGUGAGCGAUCGGAGCAGCGCCGGCGACCCCGACUUGCUGCGCAAGCUGGGCCGCAAGAUCCGCCGGCUGCGGUUGCGCGUCCAUUUUGCGGCCGUCUCGCUCCGCUUCCUCGUCGUGCUCGAGGGCACCUUGGGGUGGGUGGCGGGCUGUGCGUGGACAGACUACACCGUCGCGCUCUACCCGUCGAUCGGCGAGUUCCCGGUCACGCCGCCGAACACGCCGCUCUGGAACAACCCGCUCGUGAACAACGUCAAGGUCGCGCUGAUCCUCUCCGCCCUCGCGCUCGUGUACAUCACGUUCACGGGCAACUCCGCCGCCAAGGGCGCCCGCGAGAGCCGCGAGCGCAUCUUCAUCGGCGGCGCCUUCUCCUUCUUCUCGGGGUGGGCGUGGAUCGCCGUCGUGCGCUGCAUCUGGGCGCUGCCAUACGCGCAGCGGCGCGAGGCGGUGCAGGGCUACCUCACCGACGACACGCGGUACGGCGUGGAGGUGACGCUGGCGCUCCUCUUCUGCCCCCUCUUCACGUGGCUGGUGAUCCGAGCAGCGCUCUACACCAAGAACGCCUACGAGCGGCGCGCCGGCAUGACGCUCUGGAGGAGGCACGUGAUGGCAAUCCGCACCUGGGUGCGCGCGCGGCGCAACAUGCAGCUCUCGUCGAAGAGGAGGGGCUCGCCGCCGCGCAGCGCCAGCCCCGCCGCGCUGCCGGAGCUACUCUUAUGACGCGGGCGCCGAGCGCGGACCGCGGCGCCAUCCGUCCGCCCUGAAGCUGAGUACCUUUACCAGACCACCCCUUCAUCGUUGCUGUUUUUUUCUAAUUCAAAGGAUUCCGAACCUGAAGGUGAAGCAAACCGCGCACUUGGAGCAAGAAAGAAAUCGAGGGGUUUGGCCUUCCGCCAGGUGGCUGCCCAGGACGCAGGAGCGUUCCGUAUUCCCUUUUUUUCCCUUUCGUCCCCGACUUCCAAAAAAUCUUAGAACUAAAAGCGACAUUUUU